AAUCGCUUGGGCUCUUUGGCCUCUUCAUGGAAGCCCCCGAGCCGGCUUCUGAAGAAUCCCUAGGCCGCCGAGCCUUGUGGAAAGCGCCGAGCGGGCGGCAGCGGCCCGUUCUGGCGGCCUGCUUGACCUGCUGCACCCUGCUCGGCUGGUACAUGGCCAGCAGCGUGAAGGACUCCGCGGCGCUCAAAGGCCAAUGGCGAGAGGAUGAAGAACCCGAGACGACGACGGCGGAGACGCUGACGGUGCUGGUGUGGUGGGAUCCUUUCGGGCGCGGCGGCUUCUCCUACGACUGCUGGCCGUUCAACAUCAGCGCCUGCCGCCUCUCCACCAGCCGCCUCCUCCAACGCAAAGCGCACGCGAUCGUCUUCCAUCACAGGGACCUGCAGAUACAUCGCCUCGCCUGGCUGCCCCAGCAGAGGCCGGCGGACCAGCGGUGGGUCUGGAUGAACUUAGAGUCGCCCACCCACACCACGGGCCUGUAUAACCUGAGCGGCCUUUUCAACUGGACUAUGACCUACCGGAUGGAUUCGGAUGUCUUUGCACCCUAUGGGUACCUCAAGCUUCGGCCGCAGCCCCUAGUCAAGUUCACUUUGCCCAAGAAGACCAAGCUGGUGGCCUGGGUGGUCAGUAACUGGAAUGAAAGUCACGCCCGGGUCCGUUAUUACCACCAGCUGAAAAAAUAUCUCCCCAUUGAUGUUUAUGGAUCUCGUAGACUGUCGCUCAAAGACAACAAUGUGGUGAAGACUGUCUCGGAAUACAAGUUUUAUUUGGCCUUUGAAAACUCCCAGCAUCAUGACUACAUCACGGAGAAACUCUGGAGGAACGCCUUUGAGUCGUGGGCCGUGCCCAUCGUCUUGGGUCCCCCGAGGGCCAACUACGAACGGUUUAUCCCCUCCGACGCCUUCAUUCAUGCCAAUGACUUCUCCGACCCCAUGGAGCUGGCGAUUUACCUGAAAUUCCUAGAUAAAAACAAGAACAUGUACCAAAGGUAUUUCGCUUGGAGGAAACAGUAUGAUGUGAAGGUGUCGCCUUUUUUGACCGAACAUUUUUGCAAAGUUUGUAACGUAAUCAGAAAGGUGGGGAAACAGCCCAAGAUUAUCCAGGAUCUCUCCAAGUGGUUUGAAAAUUGACGUCCACGGAUUGACUGAGUUCCCAUGCAGGAUGGUUGGGUUGACGCAUUUACCCAACCAAAGCACAAGAAAAUAUAUCAGGGAUAUUUCAGUUUUUCUUAAGUUAUCAGUUAACUUAAUUGAUAAGUUAAGAUUGCUUGGUUUAAUAAUCAUGGGGAGAUUCACCAUUG